GGGGCGGGGGCCCGGGCCUGGGAACGGGGGCCGGGUGCCGGUGAGGGGAAGCGCUCGCUGAGGACCCCGGUUCGCCCCCGAGAGCUCUUGCGCCGGACGGCAGGCGAUGGCCGCUUUUCUCGGGGCGUCCCCGUCCUGUGUGUUCAAUCGGUCUCCGUCAGUGGGUUCAGUGCCCACUCCUCUGCCUCCGAGACCGGCGGCGGAGGCUCGGUCAGGUGCCGUGAGCGCUGCUCAGCAGCGACUGAGAGCGCACAGGAUGCCUGUGACGGUGGGCCCGUAUGGGCAGUCGCAGCCCAGCUGCUUUGACAGAAUAAAGAUGGGUUUCAUGAUGGGCUUUGCAGUGGGCAUGGCUGCAGGAGCUCUGUUCGGCACGUUUUCCUGCCUCAGGAUUGGCAUGAGAGGACGAGAGCUGAUGGGUGGAGUUGGCAAAACGAUGAUGCAGAGCGGUGGGACAUUUGGGACAUUCAUGGCCAUUGGGAUGGGCAUUCGCUGCUGAUCUGGAGCUUGGGAUUUAUCUCAGAGUGCCCCCACCAGCCAUUCCUCUGCUGUACAAUAAUAAAGUGUUUAGAUACCUGGAA